AUGGCAGGUGAGGUCGCCAAGGCUCAGGUCGCUCGGCCUGGUGGCAACACGAUCUUCGGGAAGAUCAUCUGCAAGGAAAUCCCAGCCAAAAUCAUUUUUGAGGAUGACCGGUGCCUUGCUUUCCACGACACUUCCCCUCAAGCACCAACACAUUUUCUGUUGAUAUCGAAAAAACAUAUAUCCCAGAUUUCUGCAGCAGAAGAUGAUGAUGAAAGUCUUCUUGGACACUUAAUGAUUGUUGGCAAGAAAUGUGCUGCUGAUUUGGGCCUGAAUAAGGGUUAUCAAAUGGUGGUGAAUAAAGGUUCAGAUGGUGGACAGUCUGUCUAUCAAGUUCAUCUCCAUGUUCUUGGAGGUUGGCAGAUGCAUUGGCCUCCUGGUUAAGCACGUUUUGGUGAUAAUUUUCCCUUCUCUGGGCAAUGAUUAAGUUAGGCAAGUUCCAGUAUGUUAAGUAACACACUUAUUUUUGCCUG